GCGACCCUGGGUGCGCAUAGAGGGGGCCCUCGGAAGGUGGGCUGGGUCGCCGCGAAGGAAGCCCCUGCAGCGGGGUUCGACACACCGGCCGACCGCCAGGAUACUAUUAGGCGGUUCAAGACGUCCAGGAUGGGACCUGGAUGCGACCCGACGGUGUUCUUCGCAAGUCUACAGCAGUCGUUGGAUCGGGCUUUGCCGGGACCGGACGGAGUGUCGCUCCAGCAGUUGCUGUCUGACCAGUUCGUUGAAGGAAUGCAGCCGGCGCUUGGUGCCCAUUUGCGUUUGGCGGGAGUAACUGGCCAGGUGUGUGUUGAAGAACUUGUGUAUCUGGCAGGGGAAUUGGCCGAGGAUCCACUGGCCACGUUGCAGUCACAGGAGAAGACGAAUGAUUCACUAGUGGAAUGUGGACUAAAAUUGUCCAACUGGCCGAACAGCUUGCAGCACUCAAGACGGAAUCUUGGUGGCACACUCGAACGAGCCGAUGCUAUAAGUGUUGCAUGCGUGACCACUAGAAGAAUCAUUGUCGUCGCACUCGACCCCUGUUUUCCCGGGACUGAAUCCGUUCGUCAUGAAUCGGUUUUGCGUGCAGCAUCUGCUCGUCACAUGACGCCGACAUCCUCAGUCUAUCUGGCCGCGUUCAAUGUCCGCACUCUGAAGCAAGCAGGACAACAAGCUGCUCUUGCACUCACACUGGACUUGCUUGGCAUUGAUGUGUGCUGUGUCUCGGAAACGAGAACUCAAGAUACAAGCACAGUAAUUGAGCUAAUCGCUCCGUCAGUUUCCACUCGCUUUCGGCUGCGCACCUCUGGUGAUCCAGAGGCUGCUGCGGUGGGAUGUGCAGGAGUUGGUAUCGUACUUAGUCACCGGGCUGAAAUAUCCUCACUUGACCAGAUAUCUGUUGAUAUUCGCCUCUGUGCUGUUCGUCUGGCAACGUCUGUGAAGGAGUCUCACAAGUGGCAAGUUGAUAGAUGUCCGUUUAUCGUGUCAGCCUACGCCCCAACUGAUUGUAGCUCCGACGCCGUCAAAGACAGGUUUUACGAUGCCCUGAAUGCCCUGCCGCGGACCUCAGGCAUUGUAGUGGUGGCCGGAGAUUUAAAUGCACAAGGCCUAUUGGUUGGUUUCACUGAUCCCAUCAUUCACUCCUUCAACAAGACCGCUGCCAGUAUAGCAAAUGGGGAUUAUGCUCGGCUUUCAUCUCAGCGACCAUGUGUAUUGCUGCUUGGAGACUCAACUGGAGAUGUUCAUAUGGCUGACGGAGCGACAGUAGAUGAUCCUACUGGUAUCUCCGGAACGGUUUUGCGGAUCGGGUUCCUGAACGAGGCGGUGGAAGCAAACCUCGAGAAGUACAAAACCCUGUAUGACAUUGUGUUGGUCAAUGAUGACACCUUUGCAGUUCCGUUGGCAGUGAUGAAGAGUAUUCUACAAUGCCACCAAGCUGUAGCUGACGGAAUCGCUGCACCCACGACAAACAACACCGAUGAUAUUGAACUUUGACUCAUUUUUCGGUACCUGCCUUCUGUUGACGGUGGUGGGCGUGUGUGUGCCAUAGCUGUAAAUUGUCCUGUAUUUGGUGUAUUACACUCUUCCACCACCGAUCUGAACGAACCUGUGAUCGCAGCGCUUCCAGCAGCCUGCAUAAAUCUAAUCAGUCGGUCUAUAUUUUUCUCUAUAUAUGUGACUGCUUAUUAUUUGGGUUGAAUUGUCUUAUCGGAUAUCACUCACUGAAUACAUUCAGAUGAUUUCAUCAUUAUUUUCAUCGUUUCUUGGCGUUUUAUUGGUG